CCUCUCAGUCGGCCGCUGCUGCUUGCCUGUCGCCGGGGCUGGGAGAGCCUGAGAGAGCGUGUGUGUGUUAUGUGAGUGACGCGGCGGAGGUGUAGUUUGACGCGGUGUGUUACGUGGGGGAGAGAAUAAAACUGCGGCGAGAGCCUAGGCGCGAACGAAAGCAGUGACGGAGCAGCCUGUAGCCGAACUUGCCUUGUCCAAGAAUGUGUGGUUUCGAAAUUCAGUUCUUGAGUUACAAAGAUAACUAAAUGACCAUGGAAUCUGGCGCAGAGAACCAACAGAGUGGAGACGCGGCUGUUACAGAAGCAGAAAGCCAACAGAUGACUGUACAGGCGCAGCCACAAAUUGCAACAUUAGCCCAGGUAUCUAUGCCAGCAGCUCAUGCAACAUCGUCUGCUCCCACUGUGACCUUAGUACAGCUGCCUAAUGGGCAGACAGUUCAAGUCCAUGGCGUUAUUCAGGCUGCUCAGCCAUCCGUUAUUCAGUCUCCGCAAGUCCAGACAGUUCAGAUCUCCACUAUUGCAGAAAGCGAAGAUUCACAGGAAUCUGUGGACAGUGUCACAGACUCCCAGAAACGCAGAGAAAUUCUUUCUAGGCGACCUUCCUACAGAAAAAUCUUGAACGACUUGUCCUCGGAUGCCCCAGGCGUGCCAAGGAUUGAAGAAGAAAAAUCUGAGGAGGAAGCAGCAGCACCUGCCAUCACGACUGUCACGGUGCCAACUCCAAUUUACCAAACCAGCAGUGGGCAAUACAUUGCUAUCACCCAGGGAGGUGCAAUCCAAUUAGCUAACAAUGGCACGGAUGGAGUACAGGGCCUGCAGACUCUAACCAUGACGAAUGCAGCUGCAACCCAGCCUGGUACCACCAUUUUACAGUAUGCACAGACCACUGAUGGACAACAGAUUCUUGUACCCAGCAACCAAGUUGUUGUACAAGCUGCCUCAGGGGACGUCCAGACCUACCAGAUUCGCACAGCACCUACAAGCACCAUCGCACCUGGUGUCGUCAUGGCGUCCUCCCCAGCACUUCCCACCCAACCAGCAGAGGAAGCAGCACGAAAGAGAGAAGUCCGUCUAAUGAAGAACAGGGAGGCAGCACGUGAGUGCCGCAGGAAGAAAAAGGAAUAUGUCAAAUGUCUAGAAAACAGAGUGGCUGUGCUUGAAAACCAAAACAAGACAUUGAUUGAAGAGCUAAAAGCACUUAAGGACCUUUAUUGCCACAAAUCGGAUUAAUUUUAGAUCCCCGUUUUUGGUUUGUUAAUGUGGGAGAAAGACUGGUUUGGUUACAGCCAGGAAGACAAAGUGGACGUUUUAUUUUCUAAACAUUUCUUUUUUUUCUACGCGCAAAACUGCCUGAAAGCAACUGCAGAAUUUAAUUCGACUGUGCUUUGUAUUAAACUGUGAAUGCUGAAA